AUGGUUGCGGACACCGCAUACUACGACACCCUGGGUGUUCAACCCACGGCCUCCGAGCUCGAGAUCAAGAAGGCCUACCGCAAGCUGGCCAUCGUCCACCACCCAGACAAGAACCCCAACGACCCCUCCGCGCAUGAAAAGUUCCAGGAGAUCGGCGAGGCCUACCAGGUCCUUUCCGAUAAAGACCUACGGGCCGCUUACGACAAGUUUGGCAAGGACCACGCCAAGCCCAGCGAGGGUUUUGCCGACCCCGCCGAGUUCUUCACCUCCAUCUUUGGCGGCGAUGCCUUUGUCGACUGGAUCGGCGAGAUCAGCCUCAUGAAGGACCUGACCGCCACCAUGGACAUCACCAUGCAAGAGCAGGAGCAGGAGCAGGAGGCUGCUGCCGCCGCCGCCGCUACUGCUGCUGCUCCCAACACCACCGCCACAGCUGGUGAUGACGCCGAAUUCCCCGGCACAGCGGAGGCCAUGAAGGCAAGCCAGAAGGAUGCCGCCGCCCAUGCGCCACCCCCGACCGUCGUCGCCGAGGACGAGAAGACGCCCGCCGGCCACGCCGACAAGCCCUUCGUGCCCGCCGCUGACGGCUCUGCCGCUGGCGCCGCCCCGCCUCUGCCGCCCCGCACACCCUCGCCGAGCCCCUCGGGCGGCUCAGCGAACCGCUCGCGCACGCAGAUCCCGCUGCGCCCGGCCCUCAUGGACCGCCCCUCGGACGAGGCGUCAGCGGCAGCGGCGGCGGUCCCUGAGACGGAAGAGUCGCUGCGCGAAAAGGAGAAGAAGAAGGGCGGCCUCAACAAGGAGCAGCGCGAGCAGCUCGCGGCCAUGGAGGCGCAGCGGGCGCUCGUGCGGCAGGAGCGCGUCGACACACUCGCGCGCAAGCUCGUUGACCGCGUCAGCGUGUGGACCGAGACGGACCGCGGCGAGGCCGUGACGCGGGCGUUCCAGGAGAAGACGCGCCUCGAGGAGGCCAACAUGAAGAUGGAGUCGUUUGGCCUCGACAUUCUCCACGCCAUCGGCCAGACGUACCUCGCCAAGGCGACGAACCUGCUGCGCUCCCAAAAGUUCCUCGGCAUCGGCGGCUUCUUCAGCCGCGUCCGCGACAAGGGCACCCUCGUCAAGGAGACGUGGGGCACCAUCUCGUCGGCCAUUGACGCCCAGCAGACUAUCGAGGAGAUGGCCCGCAUGGAGGAGCAGGGCGGCGAGGACUGGUCCGACGAGCAAAAGGCCGAGUUUGAGCGCCGCGUCACCGGCAAGAUCCUCACCGCCGCCUGGCGCGGCUCCAAGUUUGAGAUUCAGAGCGUCCUGCGCGAGGUCUGCGACCAGGUCCUCUACGACAAGAAGGUGCCCCUGCAGAAGCGUCUCCAGCGCGCCGAGGCGCUGGUCCUCAUUGGCGACAUUUUCAUCAAGGCGAAACGCUCCCCCGAGGAGGAGGGCGACCACCUCGUCUUCGAGCAGCUCGUCGCCGAGGCGGCCAUCAAGCGCGAAAAGGACACGAAGAAGAAGUCGGGCAAGAAGCACCACCUGCACCCCCACCACGACGAGGCCGAGAAGACGGCCGCCGACGCGCCGAACGUGCCCAAGGAGAAGGCCGACCUGUGA